AUGGCUUCGGGGUCGGACGGCUCCCGGGCAUGGAACUCCUACUACGGUCACUACGUUGACCGCCGUAGUGAAAACGCCCGGAAACGAGAGACCGAUGCUGCGCAGAACCGCGACGACCGAAGCGCGCGCCUCGUGAAGCAGCUCAAGGAGAAGACUGCGGAGGUGAAGGAAGCCGAGGCGCAAGACACAGAGGGACAAGUGACUCCUUGGGGUGAUGGGAAGUUGGAUGACAAAGGCAGAAGGAGAGAACGGAUCACACGCCAGGAAGCACUGGCAGCAGCUCGCCAAGCCGAG